CUUUGUAAACGCUUACAGAGGAAGUGAAACUGGUGAAUAAUUCUUACAUUAGUGACAGUCAUUCAACGGUUGGAAAGUCACCUGGAAAAAACAAGUGGGACUGGUGCUACACAAAGACACUUCAGAUUCAUUGGCUUCGUGCCGUUAAAUCCUCGCAGGUGCCUCGUGUAGGUGCUCUCGCAUGAAACCCUCCAUUCGUCGCCGUUCGCGCUGCCCCAGCGCACGGCUUACGGGAGCGCGCUCUAUCAUCUUGGCAAAGCGCGCUCCCGCGGGCCCGUUGACAGGACAGGUCAGAAGAGAGCUGAGCCGAUGAUAUCAUGGAGCCUGCGCCGAGGUCGGAGAGGGUAGAGCCGGGACGCGGUGAUGGAGAGCCGCCUGUCCGAGUUCACGAUGCUCUGCACUGCAGCUGAAACCCCAGGACCUGCAGCCUCGGUGCUUGUGAGCUGUGCAGUCGACGGUGGAAGCUGCUCUCAUAGGACUAAAUAAGACCCAAGCUCUAAAACAUCAGCCAUGAACAGAUGAGAAGGUGGAGGCUGGGAAGAGGCCUCAAUUCUGAACCUUGCUAUUCAUUACCAACAAAGUUUUUAACAGUUUCAUCCACGUCCAGAUAGGCCAUAUAAAGAUGCCUUUAAACAUCAGAGCCAAGCCAGCGCAGAGCAGGCUGUCCGUCGGGCAGAAGAGCAGCGCGCACGCGGACGGCAGCGCGGCUCAUUCGCGCUUCUCCAGGUCUAAACAGGGCAAAGGCAAACAGACUCUCGGCUCAACGCCAGGGUGCCGCUCGGGGUUGGAACCAGGCUCGGUGUCGGGGGGCCCGCCCGCACCCGCGUCCAAGGCGGCUGGAGGUCAAGGGUCGGUGUCGAGGCCGAGUUCAAGGAGCAAACCUGCAGCAGCCAAAGGCGCGAGUCAUGGUUCAGCCACAGCACCUGGCGGUAAAACCCUGUCCAUGGAGAACAUCCAGUCGCUGAGCGCUGCCUAUGCCACCUCAGGCACCAUGUACCCCAGUGAGCGCGACUCCCUGGAACCGUCUGGAGGCUACCCUAAAGGCACCAUGACGCUGGACAGGAGCACCAGCCGCUCCUCCUACACCGGCCGGACCACCGCUACAGGGAGCAGCCCCAACAUCACCACCUCUGGGCUGCAUCACGCGUCCGACUCCCAUAGAGACCACGCCCUUUCUGCAAGGACUUCCAGUUUGCGUCGCCAGUCUGGGAGGCAUCCACAGGCGCCGGAUUCUGCAGGACGCGGAGAGGAGCCCGCCUUCGAUCUGCAGGCGCAGCUGAGGGAGCUGCAGCGGGAGAACGACAGCCUGAGGAGAGAGCUGGACGAGGGGAGGGACGCGAGGACGGGCCCCGGCAUCAACAGCGUCAGCUUCUGGAGCCCCGAUGUGAAGAGAGACAAGGGGGUGAGACGCGAGGAGGGGGCGAGGACGUCAGCGCUGAAGGACCAGUACAGGGCCAAUCACGAGAAUGUACAGUGUGGGGAUAUCAGAAGAAACAAGCAACUUCCAUUGACAGUUCAGGAGCUCCAGGAGGAGCUGAGGGCUCACAGGGAGAUGAACAGUCGCCUGCAGCAGCAGCAGCAGCAGCAGCAGACGGGGAACCCUGGCUCCUAUCGGGACUUUCAUAUGGACCAGGACCACAGAAGUGGGCUCAGUCCCAGCCACAGCCCCAGACAGAGCCCCAGCAACCUGCACAGUCCCGGACCCAAGAACAGCCCCCGAGCCAGCCCGUCUAACACCUACAGUUCAAGGCAACAGGAAGCCGACAUCAUUAUUCACAGCCCCGGCUACGGCUGCAACGCUGCUGUGGCCACACAGAGAAUCAGUCCGGCCAACACCCUUCAUCCUGGGCCCAGAACCAGCCCAAGUCAGCCCCUCUACAGUUCUACGGGCUCGGGGGUGGCCCACAGCGCCAGCGCCCUUCGGCCCUGCAGCCCGUGCCAGGUGCCUGGAUGCGACGGCUUCUCCUCACCGCCGCCCCCGGAUCCCUCAGAGGAGAAUUACCACCGGCUGCAGUCGGAGCACGAGCGGCAGGCCAAGGAGCUGUUCCUGCUGAGGAAGACUAUGGAGGAGAUGGAGACGAGGAUCAACUCUCAGAAGCAGACGCUGGGAGCGAGGGACGAAAGCAUCCAGAGGCUGCUGGAGAUGCUUCAGGGUCAGGGUCAGGGUCAGACCCAGGGUCACGGUCAGGCCCAGAGUCAGGCCCAGAGUAGCCCCCAGUGGGGUCGGGGGCAGAGAACCGGCAUCAUAACCAUGGCAGCACAAGAGGCCGAAGCACAGCUGGAAAACAUGCACGUGAGAGAGAACACCAACCCCCCCCUGUGUUUUGACCCCGAUGUUAUUUGGCAGGACACCAAGAUCACGUCCCUGGAGAGAAACAUCAGAGACUUAGAGGAUGAGGUCCAGAUGUUAAAGACCAGUGGCCUGCUGCACCCUGACGACAGGCAGGAUGAGCUCAAGCAGGUGGAGGUCUACAAGAGCCAUUCUAAAUUCAUGAAGACAAAGAUUGAGCAGCUGAAGCAGGAGCUGAACAAGAAGGAGUCCGAGAUGCAGGCGCUGCAGACCAAGCUGGAAACGCUGACCAACCAGAACUCCGACUGCAAGCAACACAUCGAGGUGCUGAAGGAGUCGCUCAAUGCCAAGGAGCAGCGCGCCAACACGCUGCAAACAGAGGUGGACGCUCUGCGGCUGCGUCUGGAGGAGAAGGAGCAGUUCCUGACCAAGAAGACCAAGCAGCUGCAGGACCUGAGCGACGAGAAGAGCACGCUGGCGGGAGAGAUCCGAGACAUGAAGGACAUGCUGGACGUCAAGGAGAGGAAGGUCAACGUGCUGCAGAAGAAGGCGUCGGUGGUUUCGAGCAGAAUGAGUGUCAGGGCAGUGAAGAGGAGGAGGCCGCUGCAACAGACCUCGGGUAAAGCAAAGACAGGCCCGUUUGGCUUGUCAACACUGGAUCUUGCCUCGGCCUGGUACGAAAAGACGCGCAGGCACGCUAGCGCACAUGCAGACCAGCGCUAUGAUUUCAGAGCAGCGUGCCGUCUGACACUCCCUUCUCUUCCUGCCUGUCCCACUCGUCUUAUGAAGUCACUGUGCUCCGGCGCUGCGCUCGAUAACAGACGAGUAAUGACUUCACUGGCAGAGCAGCAUGACAUCGGGAAGUGGGACCGGAGGAGAGGCGUCGCGUUGUCCAUACGCGACCGUAGAAUUUCACAGUUCUGCGCGAAUGGCUUUUCCACUUCAGCAGCUGACGUUUUACUUUGUUCACUAACGCGUGAUGACAUUUUGAUCAAACUGCUAGACUUUCACUGGAGGCAGCCAGUGGAACGCGUGCCCACUGAGUAUUUUAUCAAUUCGAUGUUCGAGAGACACAGCAAACACGCAGCGCAGCGAUGGGCCGGUGCCGGAGACGCAGGGGUGACGUGGAGUGCAAGCGCUGCCUUCACCGCACUGCAAAGGUCGCUGUGUUCCCUCAGCUUCAUGACCGCACAGAUGCUCUUUGAAGAGCCGCAUCUGAGCGGGAGGAAGCUCCACGAGCUCCGACGGCAGGAGAUGCAAACUGAGCGCAGGCAAAUCAAGUCUCCUAACAUCCAGAAGCAGACGGUGCUGGGUGAGAUGAGGAAAGAUGCCCUGACUGACGGACAUCCACACUCUCUAUCCCAGCUUCCUCCUAUAGCUUCCCAGGAUGCCAUGCGGGAGACGGCGGAGCGGAUCCGGGAACUGGAGAUGGCUCUGAGGGAGAGCAUGAACACGUCUGCGCACAGGGAGGCUCUGUGGGCGCAGGAGGAGGCAGCGCGCGCUGAGGCCCAGCGACAGCUGGAGGAGCUGAUGGCGGCGCUGGAGAAAACGCGGCAGGAGCUGGACGCCACCAAGCUUCGCCUGUCGUCCACGCAGCAGUCGCUGCACGAGCGGGACGGACACCUCAGCAGCCUGCGUCAGGAGCGGCGGAAGCAGCUGGAGGAGAUCCUGGAGAUGAAGCAACAGGCCUUGCUGGCAGCCAUCAGUGAGAAGGACGCCAACAUCGCCCUAUUGGAGUUGUCCUCCUCCAAACGCAAGCGGGCGCAAGAAGAAGUGAUGGCUCUGAAGCGGGAGAAGGACAGGCUCAUGCACCAGCUCAAGCAGCAGACCCAAAGCAGGAUGAAGUUAAUAACCGAUAACUAUGAGGACGACCACGUCCAUCUGCAGCAUCACCCUCACCAUUCUCACCACUUGCAUCCAGCAAACGUGCACCAUCGAAGCCUGCCGAGAGCGCACCCCCACGCCAACCAUCGGCCCCCUAUGGAUCAGGACGAUGAAGAGGGAAUAUGGGCAUGAUGGCCACCACCUGGGAUUCCUAUACCGUGUUAAUGCUGCUCCGGACACCGAGACCUUCUCCAGCUCCGACUGCGACCGCAGACGGGCCCACGACCCACGCGUCCCCGUCAGCGGGGCCUCCGGACCCGUGGGAACCCACGCGCAGGGUCCAGGGCGCCGCCGUCUUCAGCGCCUUGUGGUUCAGUGUGUUCAGUCUGUAGGAGAUGCUCCAUGUCACUAGUGAAGGUUUGAGGCCGUUCGCGACCCGUCGAGGCUCAGACCAGUCGCCCGCUCUGCAUUUCCCAUGAUGCCUCCACUGGGCUGGAAGCUUCAUUUCUCCAGAGGUCUGGCUCUCCAUCAGUCGCCAGUCGCUCCAGCGUGGUUGAGAUGGGAACAGGGGAGCUCAGGAACUCAUGCCAGUCCUCACCCGGUUUACUUUGGCGCAGGCGUGUUGACGUUCGCAGCUAAAUAUUAGACUUUUGUAAAUAUCACAACAUGGACCUCAGAAAUCCACAAUCCGCAGAGACCUUCUGAAAGUACGUGCCAAAGGAGAUGCCCCCGUCCGCUGAGAGGAAUUACUGAAACACGGCCGCAUCUGAAUGGUUUUCCUCCCCAGCGAAGCCCCUAAAUGACUCAUUUGUCAGAUCUCCCACAGUCUGCGCUGACGUGAAGGAGGAGAAAAAGGCUAAUUCAGGCCUGAAGAUGCCCAAGAAAAACAGUUUGAGUAUCAGCUUCCACCUUCUCUCAGAAAAGGAGGAGCUCAAUUAACAGGAAAGGAAACACCACUGACCUCAAAUCAAGCAGAUUACUGUAAGAACAAUCUGUUUAUGUAUUUGUCCUUGCGUUUGAUAAUGAACCACUAUCGUGUUCUGUUUGUUCUACCGCAUCCAACACAGCUUCCAACGCUGCUCUCCGGCUUCGUUCGUCUGACGUGCGACGCGGCCGAGUCGCGUGUCGCUCUGUUUGUUCGUUGAUCCUGGGAGUCUGAGUGUCUGAUCUGUUUGUAAUGAAGUGAUUUGAGUUUAGUGUUUCCACUGCUUCGACAUGAGUCGUUGAUGAUAAUGUACAGUGCUCUUGUGUUUUCACGUAACUAUUCACCCUCAUUGAACACUGUAUGUACAGUUUUUGUACUGUGUGUGUGUGUGUGUGUGUGUGUGUGUGUGUGUGUGUGUGUGUGUGUGUGUGUGUGUGUGUGUGUGUGUGUUUCUGCUGCUCUCACGAUUGUAAAGGCUGUGAAGGUUUCGGGGGGGGGGGGGCCUUCCUCGACUCGUUCCACAGUAAUUUUUCAGUGGUCAACUUGUCUCUGUUGUUUGAAUAAAAAGUUGUUUUCACAA